AGUGCGCAGGCGCAGGCGGCGCGGCGCCCUGGUCCCCAUGGCGCUGCAGUAGCGGUGCUGGUGCGUGGGAGCCGCGAUGAGCGCGUCCGAGGCGGACCGCGGGGCGUGGCUGCUGGUGCUGAGCUUCGUGUUCGGGUGCAACGUGCUGCGGAUCCUCCUGCCGUCCCUUUCCUCCUUCGUUUCCAGGGUGCUGCAGAAGGAUGCAGAGCAGGAGUCACAGAUGAGGGCAGAGAUCCAGGACAUGAAGCAGGAGCUGUCCACUGUGAACAUGAUGGAUGAAUUUGCCAGAUAUGCCCGGCUGGAAAGGAAGAUCAAUAAGAUGACAGACAAGCUCAAAACUCACGUGAAAGCACGGACAGCUCAGUUGGCCAAGAUCAAAUGGUUCAUAAGCGUUGCUUUCUACAUACUACAAGCAGCUUUGAUGGUCUCACUCAUUUGGAAGUACUACUCCGUCCCUGUGGCUGUGGUGCCCAGCAAGUGGAUCACCCCGCUAGACCGCCUGGUAGCCUUUCCUACUCGAGUAGCAGGUGGAAUCGGAAUCACCUGUUGGAUUUUGGUCUGUAACAAAGUUGUGGCUGUUGUCCUCCACCCUUUCAGCUGAGGGGACAUGUGCAGCUACAAGACUGUGCAGAAAGGAUUUCCAUGGGGUAAAGAGCUGACUGCACAGACGUCCACAGGGGCUCAUUUUUGUGUUUGGGAACAUAUUUGUUCUUCACCUGGGAGUCUUGUCUGAGUCAGGGUUUCCUGCACUUGUCACUGAGCCAGAGAGACCAAUUAUGACACUUACCUAUCGCUGACAUAGUUUUGGAUCCAUAUGAACUGUGAACCAUUAGGUGGCAUUUGCAUGCUGGCACUUGCUCUGGGCAUGGUUCGGUUAUGUUGCCAGCUGCCAAGACUUUUCUAACAACUCCAGUAGUGCCGUUUUUAAUUUUAGAAAAAAAAAAAAAAACAACACUUUUUUU